CGAGUUGUUAAGAGCGCUUACCCUUGCACCCAAUGUCCUGUUUCCAACCCUCCCCCCCUCCCCUCUCCCUCUCACUAAAUCGCUUUCAGUACAAUUUCGUAGUUAGUUUUUGUCCCUGGUAGCAGGAUCAGUCAUGAUCUCGUGCUAGUACUGCGAGCUAGCUAUGCCCGUUACUCACAACCAGUUUAGGAGGAGUCUAAUUUCGUACGUACUCAUUUUCUCAAGAUCUAACAUGGCGGAAAAAGUCUUACCAAUCUUGUCUUAAACGUCUCAUUCGCUGCAAAUCCGCGGCAAGAGAUCAAAUUUUCUUAAUUUCUUGUCGGAUCAUCUCUCUAAUUUUCUUGUGGCACAAGGAAACAUGGCCCUCGAGAUAAAUACGGAGGAUCAAGCUGCUGAAGGUGCCUCUCUUACUGCCGGCUUGAUUAUGCAGACCAUCGGACGCAGGGGAACCUCGCUGAGAUAUGUUGUUCUAGGCAUUUUGUUCUCAUCACGCAUUAAGAAAACGAGACGUCUGCGUGAAGCUAGUUAUGAACCUUUAGCAGCAGCACCAGCGCCACCAGCCACUGACCAUGUGAUUGACAUCCCUCUCCAGGAACGGUUUUCGAACAAGGUUGCUCGAAUUGUGAGAGAGAAGGACUUGAACUCACUCCACGGACAUGGUGGUGUUGAGCGCAUCUUGCCACUUCUCAGGUCUCACUUUGAGGAAGGUGCCGUUGAUGGUGGUCAAAAUCCAGAAGGAUGGAACAUUACCAAGUCCCCAGUUGAAGCAAAAGGUUUCUUGUACUUUUUGUUUGAGGCGUGCAAUCGGUACACGAUUUUUUUCUUCUUUCUCUCAGCUGGGUUUUCAUUCGCCAUCGAAUUCAUGAAGCAAGGAGUCAAGGAUGGCUGGCACGACGGUGUUGCCAUACUCAUCACCGCGUUCUUACUUAUUGCUUUCCCUACGGUGCAGAACUACCGCAAUCAGAGAAAGUCGGUGCAGAAGCACUUGCUGGAUAGGAGCAAACUGAUGGUGAAUGUUGAAAGAAGUAGCACAGAACCUACACCGAUUACCAUAUCUGGCGUUGUGGUGGGUGAUAUAGUUCAUUUGAAGGAAGGAGACCGUGUUCUUGUUGACGGUUUAUUCAUAGAUCAGGGUGAGGAACUGGUGGUGGAUGAGGUAUUGAGCCCGAAAAUUGAUUGUGAGCAAAAUCCAUUUGUUUUUUCGGGUUCAAAGGUUGUUAAGGGCCGCGGCCGCAUGAUUGUGACAUCAGUUGGUGCUAAUACAGCUAUUGCCGAGAUGCUGAGCUUGGUGUCUGAUCGUAAUCCAUUGGAAAAGACACUGCUACAAGCUUUGAUGGACAAAUCGAAUGCUUGUAUGGAUUUUCUUGCAUGUUGUGUCUCGAUACUGAUUGCGCUUGUGAUGUUGAUACGCCUUCUAUUCUUCAAGAAGUACGAAAACUACAACGAGAGGCCAGACCUGAAAGGUGAAGUUUCAAUGAAUUUUGUGAUGAGGAUCUUUGAGAAUAUCUUCUUGAAACCUCAAGGAAAGGUUUCCAUCUUAGCAAGCGUUCUUGCAACUGUGGUAAUAGGGAUACAGCAUGGGAUGCAUGUUGUAAUUACAGUUGCCCUUUUUCAAUGGAAGGAGAAGGCGGCCGAAAAUCAGGCAGAUCCACAGGAUCUAUCAGCUUCUGUCACCAUGGGACUCAUAACAGUCAUCUGCAUUGAAACAACGGCAGAUCUAAUGUGCAACCAGACGGAGGUCAAGGAAUUUUGGAUCGGUGAAAAGGAUUUAAGCAGUGGUGAAGUGGACUCGGAAACUGACCAAGUUCUUGAGGCUCUCCAUCAGGGGAUUUCAGCUACUGCAUCACCAGCAAAUGAUCGGCUCAUUUCUUGGCUGAACACCAGAUGGGGUAGUAACGCCGCGUUAGUUGAUCGAAGAUUUGCAACUGUUGAGCAGAGACAAUGGAACUCUAAUGAGAAAUAUAGAGGGGUCUUAGUGAGGAAAAUCGAGAAUGAUGAGCAGAUUAUGCAACUUCACUGCGACGGAGAAGCAUCAACAAUAUUAGGCAUGUGUUCACAUUACUUUGAUAACAGAGGGGAAAGUCACAAUAUUGGAAACCAGAAGAGAAAAUUUGAAGAGGUGAUCAAGAAAAUGGAGAAGAAGGGUCUUACACCGAUUGCAUACGCGUACAAGAAAACAGAAGCCGAAGAUCCUACAGAAGAUGGGUUGAUUUUGUUGGCACUUGUCGGUCUUAGAUGUCCAUAUCAAGAAGAGCUUAAAUUGGCAGUGGAGGCUCUUAGAAAAGCUGGAGUGAGCAUCAAACUGGUGUCGGAGGAUGAGCUCUCGAAAGUGAGAGCUAGAGCUUCGGAGCUUGGGAUCUCCCCUGGCUCAGAUGACACGGAGAUUGAAGGUCAAGCUUUCCGAAGGCUCAAUUCCAUGGAAAAGCUGGAUAAGGUGGAUUUGAUCUCUGUGAUGGGAAGUUCCCUCCCCAAGGACAAGUUUCUCAUGGUGGAGAGGUUAAAGAAAAAAGGUCACAUAGUUGCAUUCUAUGGAGGGCUAACCAUCAGUGACACUUUGACCUUAAAAGAAGCUGAUAUAGGAAUUGUUGAGGAUCUCUGGAGCACCGAGAUGGCCAGAGAGAACGCCGAUCUUAUAAUCAGAAACGGAUGUUUCUUGAGGAUGAAUAUGAGGUCUGGUGCUUGUGCUUACCACAACAUUCAGCAGUUCACUCAACUUCAGCUCACCGCUUGCAUAUCGGGGUUACUAGUAACCCUAGUCGCAACGAUGCAUUUGGGAGAGUCCCCGCUAACAGCAGUUCACUUGAUUUGGGUGAACUUGAUAAUGUGUCUUCUUGGUGGCCCAAUGAUGGCGAUGGAGUUACAAGGCACCGAACGACACACUCAAAGACCUGCGAAGAGGACUGAGUCGCUUAUAACCAAAGUCAUCUGGAGAAACAUAGCAGUUCAAGUUUCGUAUCAGGCUUCCGUCUUGCUGAUCUUACAUUGCAUGGGAAACAUAGUACCGAGCAUGAACGAAGGCGUCCGGAAUACCAUGAUUUUCAAUACUUUCACCUUAUGCCAGGUCCUUAAUAUGUUCAGUACCAUGCAUGGACAUAGUAAAAAAGGAAGUGCUACAAGUUGUCCUCCGAAGCCAUUGGUUUCUGAUGGCGUUGGCGGCUGUUUUGAUCAUCCAGGUGAUCAUUGUUGAGUUUGGAAAAGGACUAGCCAGCUGUGUGAGGUUGAAUGCACUGCAGUGGCUAAUCUGUUGCGUUCUCGCAGCUCUUUCGUGGGGUUCUGUUGGGGCCUUCAAAUUCCUUUCAGCACACCUCCAAAGAACAACUUCGGCACUGAUGGUGAGCUCACACGUUGAACUCUCACAUCGGCAGCGCAGAUUAUACAUUCCCAUUUGGUUUUACGUUCCCAUUUGGUUGUUCCUCAUCUUCUCUGUAUCAUCAUACUGCAUCCGCCCAGAAAUUUCUCCGCUCGCGCUGUAUAUCCGUUAAUCUGUAAAUACUAAAUACAGUAAAUAAACCAUGUCUGCCAUCUCUACAAUGUAAUAGUUGACUCUGUAUAUCAAGGGUGUAGCAAAUUCUUACUCUCUUCGCAUGCUGCUCCCCCCAUGUCCCUUCUAAUUUACUAGUUUGGUUCUUAGGUUUUUAUCAACCUGGGAUUCGAUCGACCAGAAUGCUUGCUGUUCAUCAGAUCACAUGUUGAUUUUGGAUACAAGCGAUAUUAGCGAGGGUGAAUUCGAACACAGGACUGCAAGUUUAAAGUAAACGCUUUUAACCA